CCCGCCCCCCGCAUCCUCGCUCCCCAAGCAAAGUUGGCCUCAACUGAUCUGGAGCAAGGACGCCUCAGUUCAGUACGCCGCUCCCUCCCUCCCCUCCAGCCAGCGAAUGGAUGCCUACGUAACCUCGGCUUCAUCCCUUCUUCAAAGGGGAAUGAGGCAGCGGUAGAGCCACAGUGCGCAUCGGCCACCACAUACCUUAGACAUCGAGGACGUGGCCAUGGUCUUACUGACUCUGCGUAUUCCAGAUGCACUCGGGAUUUCCCGCGCGCCCUCGCGGCUGCAGGGCAGAGCUUUCCAGAGUGUUGAAUCUUCCACCAGAAAACUUGAUCACAUCAAUAUCUGCAGUUCCAAUUUCCCAAAAAGAAGAAGUAGCUGAUUUUCAGCUUUCUGUGGAUUCUUUAUUGGAAAAAGACAAUGACCAUUCAAGACCAGAUAUUCAAGUUCAAGCCAAGAGACUAGCAGAGAAGCUAAGAUGUGAUACAGUGGUGAGUGAAAUCAGUACUGGUCAAAGGACUGUAAAUUUCAAAAUAAACAGAGAGCUCUUAACAAAGACAGUGCUACAACAAGUAAUUGAAGAUGGCUCAAAAUAUGGAUUAAAAAGUGAACUUUUCUCUGGACUUCCCCAGAAGAAGAUUGUGGUUGAAUUCAGUUCACCUAAUGUUGCCAAAAAAUUUCAUGUUGGACAUUUGCGUUCUACCAUCAUAGGAAAUUUUAUAGCAAAUCUCAAGGAAGCUUUAGGACAUCAAGUAAUAAGAAUAAAUUACCUUGGCGAUUGGGGCAUGCAGUUUGGUCUUCUGGGAACUGGCUUCCAGCUGUUUGGCUAUGAGGAAAAACUGCAGUCCAAUCCUCUACAGCAUCUCUUUGAAGUUUAUGUACAAGUUAAUAAAGAAGCAGCAGAUGAUAAAAGUGUAGCAAAAGCAGCACAGGAGUUCUUCCAACGAUUGGAACUGGGCGAUGUGCAAGCACUUUCACUGUGGCAAAAAUUUCGGGACUUGAGCAUUGAAGAGUACAUUCGGGUUUACAAGCGUCUGGGAGUAUAUUUUGAUGAAUAUUCAGGAGAAUCAUUUUAUCGUGAAAAAUCUCAAGAGGUCUUAAAGUUGCUGGAGAGUAAAGGACUCCUACUGAAAACAAUAAAAGGAACGGCUGUAGUAGAUCUCUCUGGGAAUGGCGACCCCUCCUCAAUUUGUACUGUAAUGCGAAGUGAUGGGACUUCUCUCUAUGCAACCAGAGAUCUUGCAGCUGCUAUAGAUCGAAUGGACAAGUAUAAUUUUGAUACAAUGAUAUAUGUGACAGAUAAAGGACAAAAAAAGCAUUUUCAGCAAGUAUUCCAAAUGCUGAAGAUCAUGGGAUAUGACUGGGCAGAAAGGUGCCAGCACGUGCCCUUUGGAGUAGUACAGGGAAUGAAGACUCGAAGAGGAGAUGUCACUUUCCUGGAAGAUGUUUUAAAUGAGAUUCAAUUAAGGAUGCUACAGAACAUGGCUUCAAUUAAGACAACUAAAGAACUCAAGAACCCACAAGAGACUGCAGAGAGGGUCGGGCUCGCAGCACUCAUUAUUCAGGACUUCAAAGGUUUACUCUUAUCUGACUACAAGUUCAGCUGGGAUCGUGUUUUCCAGAGUCGCGGGGACACAGGAGUCUUCCUACAGUACACACACGCCCGCCUCCACAGUUUGGAAGAGACUUUUGGAUGUGGGUACCUGAAUGACUUCAACACUGCUUGUUUACAAGAGCCACAGUCUGUUUCAAUUCUUCAGCAUCUUCUCAGGUUUGACGAGGUGCUUUAUAAAUCAUCUCAGGACUUUCAACCCAGGCAUAUCGUCAGUUACCUUCUAACUUUAAGUCAUCUUGCAGCUGUGGCACACAAAACACUACAAGUAAAAGAUAGUCCUCCUGAAGUGGCUGGGGCCAGACUUCAUCUUUUCAAAGCUGUCCGUUCUGUCCUAGCCAAUGGAAUGAAACUUCUUGGAAUAACACCUGUAUGUAGGAUGUAAUUUCCAUUAAAAUGGCUUUUAAAAUGUCAA